AUGGUGUUUUCUUGUUUGAAUUCCGGGUGUUUCUUAUCAAGUAUCCUCUUGGGGAGUCUUCUGUUGGUCAUGAACUCGGGUUUUGAAUCAGCAGCCGUACCAACUUUUAGUAAUGAGACAGAUGGUCAAGUUUUGCUCGACUUCAAGAAUCGGAUAACUCAGGAUCCACUUCAAAUUAUGAGCUUAUGGAAUGCUUCUCUUCAUUUCUGCAAGUGGGUAGGUGUUACAUGUAGUCCCUCCAAUGGGAGAGUCAUGAUUCUGAACUUGGAGUCACAAAGAUUGGUUGGCUCCAUACCACCCUCCAUAGGUAACUUGACAUUUCUAACUGGUAUCAACCUUCAAAACAAUAGCUUCAAUGGUGAAAUUCCACAAGAAAUGGGACGCUUAAGACUCCUACAACAUCUCAAUUUCAGUCAAAAUGCCUUUGUUGGACAUAUUCCGACUAAUCUCACACACUGCUCAGAACUUACAGUGCUUGAUUUAGUAUAUAAUGAGCUUGUUGGGCCGAUUCCAGACCAGCUCAGCUCACUCUCACAAAUGUUAUAUUGGGGUCUUGGUGCUAACAAUCUCACAGGCCGCAUCCCAGCUUGGAUAGGGAAUUGUUCGUCUCUAGUCGCUAUUUCACUUGUGCAAAACAAUCUUCAAGGAAAUAUUCCUCAUGAACUAGGAAGCCUUUCAAGCCUGAAAUUCUUUCAAAUUUCUUCAAAUGAAAUCUCUGGUUCGAUUCCUUCGUCAAUUUAUAAUAUUUCAUCAAUUUUCUUUUUUUCUUUUGCUCGGAACCAGUUACACGGGCAACUCCCAUCGGACAUCGGCUUUACCCUUCCCAAUCUUAAGGAAUUUUAUGGGGGCGGAAAUAACUUCUCUGGUCCAAUUCCUGUCUCAUUACCGAAUGCUUCUGGCCUUCAAAUGCUCGAUUUUCCUGAAAAUAGUCUCACUGGGACUGUGCCAACGAAUCUUGGAAGCUUGCAAGCUAUAUACAGAAUUAUAUUUGAUUAUAAUAAGCUAGGAAAUGAGGAUAUUGGCAACCUGCUUACUUUCUUGACAAAUUGUACUAGUCUAGAAGAGUUGGGCUUGGUUGGAAAUCUAUUUGGCGGAAAGCUGCCCAACUCUGUAGCUAACCUUUCAACCAACCUCAAAAUGCUUACUCUCGGUUCCAAUCUGAUAUAUGGCAGCAUUCCUUAUGAAAUCGGGAACCUUACCAACUUGACCAAUCUAGGCCUGGAAGGGAACUUCCUAACUGGCAGAGUCCCUGAUGCUAUGGGGAAACUUCAACAUUUGGGAAAACUGUAUUUGAAUGCUAACAAUUUGUCUGGACCGAUUCCAUCCUCCCUUGGUAACUUGACAUCAUUAAACAUGCUCUUUAUCGAUGACAAUAGACUAGAAGGAAGCAUUCCCUCAAGCCUUGGAAAAUGCCACAAGCUUGAGAUAUUGGUCCUUAGUAGUAACAAUCUCAGCGGGACAAUACCAAAAGAGGUCAUGGCUAUCUCUUCCCUUACAAUUUCUUUGGCAAUGGCUCAUAACUUUUUGACUGGUUCCCUUCCUUCUGAAGUUGGCAAGUUGAUAAACCUCGUGGAGCUGGACGUUUCGGAUAACAGAUUAUCAGGUCAAAUUCCAAGCACCCUCAGCAGCUGUCUUCUUUUGGAGCGCCUGCUAAUGAAGGGUAAUUUACUUCAAGGAACCAUUCCUGAAAGUUUGAAAACAUUGAGAGGGUUGGAAGAGAUUGACCUUUCACAAAAUAACUUGUCCGGACAGAUUCCAAAAUUUCUGGGAAAGUUUUCUUUUCUCAAGAAACUCGAUCUUUCAUUCAAUAAUUUUAAGGGCGAAGUGUCGAGGGAAGGCAUCUUUGCAAAUGUAAGUGCAAUUAGUAUCCUAGGAAACAAUCAGUUAUGUGGAGGUGUCCUGGAAUUACAUCUGCCGGCAUGCUCUCAAGGUAACUCCCACUCAUCAGCAAAACUCCUUACCCUGAGAGUAUUAAUCCCGGUAACUGUAUCGAUUGUGCUUAUAGUAAUAUUGUUGUGUUCUUUUGCUGCUUGGUGUACGAUAAGGAACCCAAAAACAGAACUUUUAAAAGCAUCCUCCACAAAGGAUUGGCAAUCAGGUGUUUCAUAUGCAGAUGUUGUUAAAUCAACAAAUGGAUUUUCAAUGGACAAUUUGAUCGGUUCUGGUAGUUUUGGUUCUGUCUACAAAGGAGUUGUAAAUGGUGAUGGUGCAAAGGUGGCAAUAAAAGUAUUAAACCUUGAACAACAAGGGGCUUACAAGAGUUUCAUAGAUGAAUGCAAAGCUCUGAAAAGUAUAAGGCACCGUAACCUGCUCAAGAUCAUCACUGCCUGUUCAAGCGUCGACUAUCAAGGUAAUGACUUCAAAUGUCUAAUUUUUGAGUUCAUGUCCAAUGGAAGCCUAGACUUUUGGCUGCAUCCAAAAGAUGGUGAGCAGCGUAAUACCAAGAACUUGAGCAUCAUUCAGAGACUAAACAUAGCUAUGGAUGUUGCUUCUGCAUUGGAUUAUCUUCAUCACCAUUGUGAAACACCAAUUGUUCACUGUGAUCUAAAGCCAAGUAAUGUAAUCCUUGAUGAGGAUAUGACGGCUCAUGUUGGUGACUUUGGAUUGGCAAGAUUCCUUUUUGAAGCACCAAACAAUCCCUCCAAAUAUCACUCCAUAUCAAUUGGGCUAAAAGGUUCUGUCGGGUACAUUCCUCCAGAGUAUGUUAUGGGUGGCCAAGUCUCCACACUAGGUGAUGUUUACAGCUAUGGGAUACUCUUGCUAGAGGUAUUCACCGGUAAAAGACCAACAGAAGACAUCUUCACAAAUGGUCUAAACCUUCCCCAGUUGGUGGCAAUGGCUUUGCCUGAAAAUGUCAUGGAGGUAGUAGACCCAUCAUUGCUCUUGGCUGAAGAAGAAGAUAACUUAGACGAGAAUGAAGACGACGAAGAAGAAAGAGCAAUAAUCAAGGAUGAUGAUCCCCAAUGCACUCCUAGUAGAAAUCAAAUGGUGGAAUGCUUGGUAUCAGUGAUGAAAAUUGGACUGUCAUGCUCUACUCCAUCACCAAUGGAACGACUACAGAUGAGUGUUGUUGUGAACAAACUGCAGAAGAUCAAGGACUCCUUUCUAGGAUUUAGGAAGAGAAGCGGAAGAGUAUGACUAAGCAUCACCAAAUAUGUUUGUUGUAUUCUUAUCGUGUUUUUUACUUUUGUUUUUUUUUUUUAUCUCAAGAACUCCCCAAUUGAGCUGAAUUGAUUCUGAGACAGUUUGGAGUCCUGAUAGUAGCCUAGGUAAAACCAAAAUCACUUAAAACA